AUGUACGAAGGUCGUGAGGAAUGGCUCAAGCUCAAGGCUCUGUUGAAGAUUAUAGGCAGAAAGGGGAGUAAGGUCCUAGCAACAACGCGAGCAAAGGACGUAGCAAAAAUAAUGGCUACUCUUCCAACUCGCGAAUUAGAUGGCCUUUCAGAGGUGAACUCAUGGGCGCUAUUCAAAAAGAUGGCAUUUGAGCCUGGACAAUCACAGCAGAAGCCCCAUCUUGUGAAGGUUGGGAAGGAGAUUGUUAGAAAGUGCGCAAAUGUUCCUUUGGCCAUAAAGACGGUAGGGAGCCUUCUUUAUGGUAAGGAUGAAAAAGGGUGGUUACUCCUCAAAGAUGAAGGUCUGGCAAGUAUAUCUCAGAAACAAAAUAGCAUCAUAAAAAUUCUCAAGCUUAGUUAUCAUAACCUCUGGUCCCCAUUGAAAAAUUGUUUUGCUUAUUGCGCUUUGUUUCCGAAAGACUUUGUAUUUCACAAGCUGCUUCUGAUGAAUUUGUGGAUGGCCGAGGGCUUUAUUGUUCCAACAGAUAAUGAAAGCCAGAGUCUAGAUGAAGUUGCUGAAGAUUAUUUUCUUAUGUUGUUGCAAAGGUGCUUUUUUCAGAACAUAAUAAGAAAUGAAUAUGGGGAAAUUAUAUUCUUCAGAAUGCAUGAUCUGAUACAUGAUCUCGCUAGAGAAGUGGCUGGAGUCAAGUGCAAGGUUGCCAAGUUGGGAGACAGAAACUUCAGUAACAAAAUUCAUCACUUGUCCUUGGAUUACCAGAUAAAAACCAUGUGGAAAAUCCCAAGUGGGAUGCUAAAUUUGAAGCUUCUGCGAACGUUUCUUACGCCACAACAAAUCCUGCAUGGAUCAGCCUACAAUACGACAUGUUCACGGUUGAUAACGAAUUUUAGAUGCUUACGGGUAUUGGAUCUUGGUAGCCAUGGAGUCAAAAGCUUGCCCAGUUCAAUAGAUAAGCUAAUUCACUUAAGGUUCCUCAACCUCUGCCAUUCAUCUAUGGAAAAACUUCCAGAAACAAUCACAGAACUUCAAAAUCUGCAAACACUUCUACUGGAUUUCUGUUUGGAGCUGAAACAGCUGCCUACAAAUAUUAGAAAACUCACCAAUCUCAACACCCUUAGUAUCAUUCAAUGUCCAAGCUUAACUCACAUUCCGUCAGAAAUACGAGAAUUGACUUCUCUUCACAAGUUACCUCAUUUUAUAGUUGGGCACAAAAAAAAUUCAGAAUUCAAGGACAAGCCCAGUGCUAUUGCUGAGUUGAGUGAUCUAAAGAACCUUAAUAAUCUGAAAGGAUCAUUGACUAUUGAACUCAACGGUGACCUGAAGGAUCCAGCUUUACAAGCAAAGGAAGCAAACUUAAGCAGCAAACAAGGGUGGAUCAAAUUGAAUAUAAGAUUGAAAUCCACAUUUGAAGAAAAUGAAGCAGUUUUGGAAGGCCUCAAACCACAUCCUAAUCUCAAGGGCUUAAAUAUUGUUUUUUACAGUGAACAGAAGCUCCCGAGUUAG